CAAAAAAAAAUGGUAAACAAUAGGAAUUACUGAUUUGCUGAACCAAAAUUAAAUUUUGAUUUUUAUUUGGUUUAAUUAGUCUUGAGUUAGUCUAGAACUUUUAAAUUUAUGCAAUAAAUUACAAAUUAUCGUAAUACUAACUAAUAGCUAUGUCAAUAACUACACUCUAUUAUUUAUUAUUAAAAAAAGAAAAUGCUCACGAAGACUCCAUAUGGUGUUGCGGAUGGAGUAAUAUAAAGCCUGAAAAAAAGAAACAAGUAGAAAAUGAAGAAAUAAAUGAAAUUUCACAAGAUUCAAACCCAGAGGAGGAGCAAUCAGAAAGUUACAUUAUAACGGGUGGCUUAGAUGAUAUUAUCAAAGUAUGGCAGUUGAACAAUGGGAAGCUUGAAGUCAAGCAUCAACUUGAAGGACAUUCUUUGGGUGUAAUAUCAGUUGCAAUUAGUCCAGAUGGAAAAACUUUAGCUAGCAGCUCACAAGAUUCAUCUCUGAUACUCUGGGAUAUAGCAACAGGUGAAAAGUUAAAGACAAUGGAAACUGGAGCAACAGAUGUAUGGACACUUGAUUUCUCUCCAGAUGGUAAAAAUGUAAUUUCAGGAAGUAACGCUGGAAAAAUUUUGAUCUUUAGUGUUGAGAGUGGAAAGCAAGAGCAAACAUUGGAUACUAGAGGAAAGUUUACUUUAAGUGUUGCUUAUAGUCCAGAUGGAAAAUACAUAGCAAGUGGUGCAUUAGAUGGAAUUGUAAAAAUUUUUGAUGUAGUCCAAGGAAAAUUAGUGCACACUUUAGAAGGGCACGCCAAACCUAUUAGAAGCCUCUGUUUCUCACCAGACUCACAGUUAUUAUUAACAGCAUCUGAUGACGGACAUAUGAAAUUGUAUGAUGUUGUACAUGCAAAUUUAGCUGGGACUCUAUCCGGUCAUGCUUCUUGGGUCCUAUCUAUUGCAUUUUCUCCUGAUGGCAAAAGGUUUGUGUCAGGCAGCUCUGAUAGGACAGUUCGGGUUUGGGAUCUGGACACAAUGCAAUGCCAACAUGUUUUUAAAGAACAUAAUGAUCAAGUAUGGGGUGUGAAAUUCAAUUCUGAAAGCAAUAAGAUUGUUUCUGUGUCAGAGGACAAAAGUAUCAACAUAUAUGAUUGUCCGUUAUAGCAUGUAAAGAUAUAAUACUUAUUAUCAUUAUUUACAAUAAAAUAUCUAGGUAUUUCCA